AUUUAUUUUUUUACAAAAUUAACAUGUUCGAUUACCGAUCCACUCUCUCCGUGUUCCCGGCGUGCGCCCGGUUCAUCUCCCAGUUCCGGGUGCCGCUGUCGGACUGCACGGGCGGCGCGCGCGCGCGGCGCGUGGUGGACCCGCGGGCGUGCGCGCGCCGCGACACCGGGCUCGUGCUGGGCGUGUACUUCAACGAGAACGUGCGCGCCGGCGAGCCCGCCGUGCUCACCGCCGCCGCGCAGGCCUACGACCGCCGCUCCGGCGGCAAGCUGUGGCGCCAGCUCAAGCUCGCGCCCGCGCCGCGCCUGGGCGAGUGCCGCGUGUUCUACGACGUCGACCCGCACUUCGGCUACGUCGCCGUCGCCGGGCUCGGCACCGAGUGCCUGCGGUACAACUCCGUCGAGAAGCUGGACGAGAGCAAGGAGGCCAUCCGCGUCGCGGCCGGCGUCGGCGCCAAGGCGCUCGCGAAGUUCAAGCCGUCCUCCAUUCACGUGGAGUCGUUCGGGAACGCGGAGGCGGCGGCCGAGGGCGCCGCGCUGGCCGUGUGGCGGUUCGAGGAGUACAAGUCGCAGGAGCGCGGCCGCAUCGUCCCGAAGUCGCUGCUGCACCUCUACGAGGACUGCGACGUCGACGGCUGGAACACCGGCAAGAUGAAGGCCGAGUCCCAGAACCUGGCCCGGUUUCUGCAGGAGAUGCCCGCCAACCGUCUGAACCCGACCGAGUUCGCCAAGAUAGCGGUGGACCUGCUGUGCGAGAUCGACGUCAACGUGGAGGUGCGGACGCAGGGCUGGGCGGCGGCGCACGGGAUGGGCGGCUUCGUGGCCGCGGGCAAGUCGUCGGUGCAGCCGCCGCUGUACGUGGAGAUCAGCUACUACGGCGCGGGCGAGCGCGCGCGGCCCGUGGUGCUGAUCGGCAAGGGCGUGACGUUCGACAGCGGCAGCCUGGACCUGAAGCCGGCGCGCGAGCUGCGCCACAUGCGCGGCGACAUGGCGGGCGCGGCGUGCGUGCUGGCGGUGACGCGCGCGGCGGCGCGGCUGCGGCUGCCCGUCAACGUGCGCGGCAUCCUGCCGCUGUGCGAGGUCAUGCCCAACGGCGGCAGCCCCAAGUUCGGCGACGUGGCGCGCACCGCCGGCGGCCGCUCCGUGCACAUCCGCCUGCCGUCGCGCGAGGGCCGCCUGCUGGUGGCCGACAGCCUGCUGCACGCGCGCGGCUACUGGCCGCGCGUGAUCGUCGACAUCGGCACCAUGUCGCGGGAGCUGCUGCACACGCUGGGCGGCGCCGCGUGCGGCUGCUACUCCAACUCGGAGGAGCUGUUCCGCUACCUGGAGGCGGCCAGCGGGUACACGGGCGACCGCGUGUGGCGCAUGCCGCUGUGGGGCUUCUACGAGGAGCGCGUGCGGAACUGCGAGACGGCGGACGUGGCCAACACGGCGCGCCACCGGUACGGCGACUCGCCCAACUGCGCCGCCUUCCUGCGCCAGUUCGUGUGCGACAGCCAGUGGCUGCACCUCGACACCUACAACGUGGCCUACUCCAAGGGGCUGGACUUCCCCUACCUGCAGCGCGGCAUGACGGGCCGCCCCACCCGCACCGUCAUCGAGCUCAUGUACCAGCUCCUCGCCGAUUCGAAGCUGUGACCGUUCACUAACAUGUGCCGUCAUUUUGUCCUAUCUAUUCGCGUUAUUGUAAGAUAAAAAUUUUCGAAGUUUUUAUUUUUGACGUUCAAUAAACCUUGUAACAUAGAA